UAUUCAACGAAUUUGCUCUGAUCUGUUGUGCGGUUAAUUAUCGGAUGUUGUUUAAACUGCAGUUGUCAACCUACCAGAUACGCGAAUGUUUAUCCGUGACCACACCUCCGCGCUAAGUCAAAAUCGAAUUCAAAUUAAUUUCCGAACGUGACGCAAAUACAUUUUAAAUGGCCAAAGCCGCUGUGUAGGUGUGAGUGCUUUUCUGUUACAGAAGUGAAAAGAACGUUUUGCGCGAAUAAAUGACAACCACAAGUCCGAGUGAGAUGAAUACAAACAGCAGAGGAUUGGAUUCCACCGCAGACGUGCUCCCUUUGAGUGGUGGCAACAGCUCUCCCUUAACCCCAGAAAGCAACAACGAGAACGGAGUCCAGAAGAAUGCCAGCACCAUGGGUCUAAUCAGCACACAGAGAGCUAUAGAUGCCACCAAGCGGAAAAAAAUUAAGCCGCGCAACAUAGCAGCUUCUACUUCAGACCCUAAACCCGAAAAAACGGCGGCCACCCUUAAUCAUCCUAAGUCCAGUGCAGCCAACAGAACCGAAAUUAACUAUUCCAAGGAUCAUCUCGAUGCCUGGCUUGAGAACUGUUUACGGGAUGCCACAAACGCCCAGUUGUCAUCCUCAUCUGAGUUUUUGGACUUCAUCCCGCCCACAGCUCCAGCUCGCAAGCAAAUGUUUGUAUGUCAACAGCAGCAGCAGCAGCAACAGCAGCAACAGCAGCAGCAACAACAGGAACAACAACAACAGAUUAAACAGCUACAGUACCAGAAGCAGCAGGAGUAUUCGAAGCGUUCACAGCCAUAUGGUGUUGGCUUAGGAACGCCCUUUAGAUUGGGAAUACAGCGCCACUCGCACUCCCUUAGUCAUCGAUAUCCGAUGCUAAUCCCACCCCAGACCCUUAAUGGCUGUGGCAUAAGCUAUGGUUGUGAUGGUGGCCAGGAGUUUGCUAGCUUACCUCCACUGGUCAACAUGAUGGGAGGAGCAGGAGGCACUGGCUCCGAGCACGAACCAAAUUCCACUGAUGUACUGGAUGGAAGAGGGUUUCGAUUCAGCGAUCCAUGCCUUUUGAACCCCUCCGAUAACGACUCCAAGUUGAGUGGUCAGAAUACCCCAGAGUGUCGGAAUGGCAACAACAAUGGCGUCGGCUGCGAUCUGUCAGAGCAAAACAAAUUUUUCGCGGCCCUAAUGGAACAAAUAAACAUGUUGCAUGACACCAAUUCGAAGAUCUGCCGUAACUUGCAUGAAACAAAAGUUGAAAUCGAAGCUUUAAAGCACGCUCCUAGUGGCCACCCUUGGGCGGGAGUCGGCUCGGGCGGCAUGCGGCACCGUAGAGAUAGCUUGAGCGGAUUAAGCACACAAAGUCAACCUCUGGUAUUUGGCGGUGGAAUGGGCGGGACUCACAGCCCGGCACCCACCUUUCAUUCAGGCGCUUACACUCCGGGAAUGAUGACUGAUGUUGUGCGCGAAGUAAAGGAGGCCGCUCGCGUUCGCGAAGAUGCACUGCUCAGUCGAGUUAAAUCAAUGGUUGAGGAGCGACAAUGGUCCCUGAACGAGGGCAAUGCCCGUGUUCUGCGAGAUAUUGAUGAUCUGAAGUCCCAUGUAAUGCAGUUGCGACUGGAGAAAAAGGAGACUAAUAAGCGGCUGUCAUAUCUUGAGGCCGAAAACAAAUGCCUGCGCCAAGCUCUAGCCGGUUGCUAUAACCAGCGGCAAACAUAUCACGACAUAAUCUACGAAAAUGACCGAGCCCGUGGAUCCCGAAAGCCAUUUCCAAAUGGAGGUGGCGCCGGAGCGUUUGGAGUCAGAAGGGCGCAAUCCUUUAACCUGCAGUACGGAACGAUGCAUCAAACGCCAAAUCAAACAACGCACUCUCUGGAAGAGGAUGACGAAAUAGUGGAGGAACAAGUUUUGGAGCAGGACGAGCUAGAGUCCCUGACUGGCAACAAAAGGCAGUCUUGUUCGAGCAACGAAUCCCGCAGCAACGGGAUACAGACUUCAACCUCAAACGCUCACUCCCUGACACCUAAAUUGCCACAGCAAACAAUACGGAGCCCUCCCACUUUUGCGCUGAUUUCAGAUCAGGAAGACCCGGGAAAUCCGCCACCACUUCUGCCGCGCAAGAAAGAGCACGCUCAGUUAAAAAGGGAGCUUAGUGAAGCGGACGCCGCACGUAAGGAGGCAAAUCAACGUAUAAUUGCCCUUGAAAAAUUGGUUAAAGACCUAAAUGCCCAGGUGGCUGACCAGCCAAGAUGGAACCCGAGCCUAUCUGGCGCAGCUCUGGCAACGAAAGUCAGCAUGGCGGACGGUCCGGUCACAGACUUAUAGUCUUAGCUAUUGGCCUCCGGCUCGAAACCAAAACGCCAGCAGCAGGCAAUGCGGGUCACUAAGUUAUAGCAGCCUGACCUACGUGAACGGUCACUUCAACUACAAUGCACCUUUCGCUUCAAAAUUAUUUAUAACUCAGUAACCUGUUCAUAAGCUCUUACUUAUUACUUAGAAUGCUUUAAUUCCGUCUCAACUAAUUAUUUUAUCAAAAUCAUUUUUAAAACUCGAGCUCGUAGUUCGAUUAUAUAUUUGGCUAGCGCAAAAAAUAUUUGUUUACUAAAAAUAAGUUGUUACUAAAACUUGAUGAUGAAUGUGGUGUUCUUUAGCAGGUCACCAAUAUUUUGUAAUGAAGAUAUUUUAACAAAUUAUGAACGAUCAUUCUAAAAUGAUUAACUAAAAAAGUGUACCUAUUGAAAUGAACAAAAAUCAAAAUGUAGUAUAUAGAAACAAUUAUAUUUACUAGAAUAAGUGUAUACAAAGUUGGCCAAGAAUGUGUUGUCGCUAACCAUAUUUUUUAAGUGCCAUUUGAUUAAACUGAAAUAAACUAAGGACCACGAAAAUCACUUAGCGCUGAAUGGGUGUGUGUUUCUCAUGUGCAUCAAUGUAAAUUCAAUAUGAAUUCAGCGCUAAGGGAUUCGGG